AUGCUCUUCCACCAGAAACGUUUCUUUGCGUAUCCAAGCGGUGCUCCCAGUCUAAACACUCUCAGCUCUGUAUCUUCGCACAGCCACACUCUUAUCACAACAGACCGAUGUGUAUCACUUCUUCGUUACGGAAACGAUGGCUACACUAUGCACAAGCUUGAGAUUGAUACUCUUCUUACGGGUAAAGCAAAUGUAAUAGCUAGUGCUGUCAUUGAGCGACCACGGACACAACAGUCGCAGGUGGUUGUUGCAUAUGCGAUUGGAGAAGCGCUGUACCUGCAGGUUUUAGCUCCUCAAGACGAAUCUAUGGAACACGCUCAAGCCAUUGACACUUCUGAAUGUGAGAAGUUUGAAUUACAGGUAGCACCAACGUGUAUGUUUAAUAUACGUGCCUUGGGGUCCAAUGGAGACGUCUUCUACGGCGUUGUGGUAUGCUGUACAGACUCCAUGCUGGCGAUUGGAUACAUUGAGAAUGAAAAACACGAGAGUGAAUUUGGUGCUGUUUGCACUCGUCUGGAGAUUGAACAGUUUGCUGUCUUUUUUCCUGAAUUUGCAACGUUUACACACACGAUCUUGGCAGUGGACAUUAUAACGUCAUUGGAGAAAGACUACAGCUGGAUUGCAUUUGGGUGUGCUGACGGACUGGUGCGCGUAUUCCACGGACAAAAUCAUGGAGAUUGCCUUAGUGGUCCAUUUAAGACUAAAGAUCUGCUGUUGAAUGGCCCUAUAACUUCUGUUGCCCUAUACCUGAAACAAGCUGCUGCAUCAGAAGAAGCUAGCUUAACUUGGUGCUGUAAUCUAUUAGUAACAUGUGCGAUCGGCCAAGCGGUGGUUUACGAAGAUUUGUUUGGUACUUUUGACCACAUCGGGAAUGGCGAGGUUUUGUUGGAGUCUGAUACGUUUGACUCAAUCUUCGCAGGUAUCAUUGCUGACAUCGAUCUGGAUGGACAUAUUGAACUACUACUGGGAACCGACAGUCAAGUGAUGCUGGCGUACAAGGAACGAAGUAAUGACGACAAACAACACCAGGGUAUUAAUGGAGAGGUGACGAGAAAUUCGCUCGAGUCUAGCAUUGAUGAGCUAUCAGCUGCGUCACCCAUGUCAUAUGGAAGCUCACACAAUAUUUGGGACGACUUAGAGACGAUUCCAACAAAGGACGCAGGUGGUUCUAUAGCGUCUGAAACUUUACGUUGGAAAUGGCAACGAUUAUCCCGGAACCAUUGGGAUUUGGAGACUUUUGGUGCUAUGUAUAGUCUUCUUUGGCGAGAUGUUAAUCACGAUGGUGUACCUGAGCUACUUGUUGCGAGCUCUACUGGAAUUUAUGUGUAUGAAGCUGAUCCAAUUUUUGUUAUUCAGAAGCUUGAAAGUGUCGUGUCAGUAUUACAUGGAAACAAGAGUAGCUAG